AUGGGUAAGAGAGAUCGGCACGGGGUGAAUAUCCCUGGCGCUUUGAUGGAUCAGAUCCGCGAAAGCGGCCGAUACGACCACGAUGAGCGUUUCAAACGACAAAAGAGGAAGGUCAGUCGAAGGGAAAGACGGAAGGAGCAGAGAGAACAGAAGAAGAGGAAGCGAGGGGGAGACAAGGAGGAAAGGGCGAUUAUGGAUAGAUUGAAGAACGUCAAGGGCGUUAGGGAUACAAAGAAUGGAGGUAGAAAGCAGGUGAAAAAUGGUCCGCUCAAAAUUGUGAAGGAAGAUGAGCUGGAAGCUGACGAUAGUGAUUUGAACGAAAGUGAAGAAGAAGAGUACGAAGAAUUCACAGGGUUUGACGACGACGAAGAGGAUGAGGAGCAAGAGCCUGACAAUGAUACUGAUGACUCACUUGAUGACGAGCAGAAAGACGUGAUGGCCCAGCUAAUGAAAUUGAAAGGAGCUAAAAAGGGCAACGACGUGAAGAUAGUCAAGGAGGACGAGUUACAUGAUGAGAUCGAUGAAUUGGACGGGGAAACGUCCGAUGAGGAGGAAUUUGACGAGUCGGAAGAUGAGUCGCACACAGAAUCAGAGAUUUUUCCCGAUUCAGCAACGUUUCCCAGAGCAUUUGAUAAAACAGACGACGAUCUUGAAUACUACGCAAACAAGCUUGGAAUCAAGAAAAACAGCAAGCUGAAGAAGACCGAUGAGCACGACAUCAUUGGAGGACUUUUAGACGGCUUGGAUUUCGAUGGCUCAGCAUCUGAAGCCGAGGACUCCACCACCGAAUCUCUGGACGAGGAGGACAGAGAGCUCUUGAAAGAGAUGGGCGAUUUGGAGACAUCCGAAAGCGAGUCGGAAUCAGAGACUGGUCCUUCUGUGCGCGAGAACCCUUACGUUCCUCCAGUUCCUGCUGGAAAGUAUGUUCCUCCGGCCCUGCGUCGUAAGAUGCUCGAAAAUGACGAUAGUGAAGAGAUUCAAAAAGUUAUUCGUUCUGUCAAGGGCCCCUUCAACAAGCUGUCCGAGGCAAAUUUCUUGACAGUCGUCAAUGACCUGAAUGCAUUGUAUACAGAGAAUUCGCGCCAAAUCGUCAACGAAGCUAUAAUCAAGGUGGUUUUUCAAUCGGUGCUGGUAUCUACGCCGAUGCUCGAUAGCUUUCUUGUUCUUUAUGCUGCAGUCAUUGUUGCUCUAUACCGUUUGCAGGGAGUGGGGUUUGGCGCGUAUGCCAUCCAGACGCUGGUGGAAAAAGUUUGCGAUUAUAUCAAGACAGAAAGCUCCAACAAGGAGGCAUCGAACUUGGUUGCGCUGAUUGCAUUUUGCUACGAAUUGAAUCUGCUUUCUUCCAGAUUGAUGUAUGACGUGAUUGGACAGAAGCUGAUUGAGAGUCCUACAGAAUUCAAGACAGAGCUUCUGCUAAAAUUGAUCCGAUCCUGCGGUGCAAAGCUUCGCUCGGAUGAUCCUAGCUCGCUAAAGGAAAUUGUUCUGAUUUUGAACAAGAAUGUUGGCUCGGACAUGAGCACCAGGUCGAAGUUUUUGGUGGAGACCGUUUCUAACUUGAAGAACAACAAGCUCAAGCAUCUUGAAAACGAAGCAACCUCGGGACUGGUGACUAGACUGAAAAAACAGCUGGGAAGAAUAAGGAGUGCCGAUCCCAUCAAAGUGACCUUGAGCGAUAUAGAGGAUAUCAACGAAAAAGGUAAAUGGUGGCUUGUCGGCUCUGCUUGGAAAGGAGAAGAGAAAAAGGUCGAAGAGUCUACAAAGACUGUGACCGAUGCGCUGGAUAAGUCUGAGCCAAACUGGCUGGAGCUGGCCAAACAGCAUAGAAUGAACACGGACAUCAGACGUGCCAUUUUCAUAUCCAUCAUGUCCGCCAGCGAUUACAUGGAUGCGUAUGUCAAACUAGAGAAAUUACGGCUGAAGAAGACCCAACAACGUGAAAUUCCAAGAAUUCUGAUGCAUUGUGCCUCCAUCGAGACCGUUUUCAAUCCGUAUUACGCUUUUGUCGCCAAAAAGCUUUGCGAAGACCAUGCUAUGAGAAAGACGUUCCAGUUCAACUUAUGGGAUUUGCUCAAAGAACUAGAAGGAGAAGAAUACGAAGGAUUCGAAGACACGGAGGACGAAGAUCAAAAACUGAAGAAAACAUUGAACCUUGGAAGACUGUUCGGCACUCUUGUUGGUGAAGGGUCGCUACCUCUUAACGUCUUGCGUACUAUCAAUUUCCUCACAGCUAACGAAGAUACGAAAUUGUUUGUGGAGAUUUUUAUGAUUAGUUUCUUUGACAGCGUUGGAAAGCUGUCAGAGCAGAAAAUCUUUGGUGCCGGGGACAAAAAGCACAAGACGGAAGACAUGAGAUACAACGACAAAACGAUGGUGGAGCGGAUUGAUAAAUGCAAGGAACAGCCCACGUUACUCAGAGGGUUGCAAUACUUUUUACAACAUAAGGUUAGAGAUAGCAGCUUUAUUAAAGGAAAAAAGCAGCGGUCAAGAGUCCAUUGGGGAGUCGACUCCAUGUGCGAUAUCGUAGGAGAAUUCCUUGCCUAG